AUGCGUCUCCUUCCGACUCUACAGCAAGAAUUACACGUGCCAACCCUGUCCGCUGAGAAUCGACUCCACUGUGGUAGAUUUUUACGCGAACUGCACACUCGCCAGAGACAAUGGCUGGAGCAAGUCGGCCCCGAGUUCGUCACUCUUUGUAUUUCUAGCUUCGACGGCGAAACCGAUCCGAAAGUACUUUUGACUGGAUUUAAAUUGUUCGGCGAAGUGAUGAGCUCGUGCCUAGCUGGAGAAAACGAAAAUCUUUGGGACGAAUUGCUCGAUGUGAUCAUGUGCUACUUUCCCGUCGACUUUGAACCAGAUUCUACGAGUGAGGAUCCAAUAACGAGGGCAGACCUUGUCGACGCGUUGACGAAAGCGAUGGUGAGUGGACUCACUUGCGGCGUUCCUCUUGCUAAGAAACGGCAUUCGGCUGCGCUGAUGGAGCUCAUCUGCGAAAAGUUAGGAUCAGACUCUGCUGCGGCGAUAGACGAUUCUAUCGCUCUCCUGGCCGUCGCUCUGCCUGCGCUACACAAAGCUGUUUUAGAAAACAAACUGAAAGAGUUUCUCCAAAUUAUGGUGAUCAAUCUUGGACAACGCGAGCAAGAUAAGACGGCGCAAGAACAAAUCAUCAAGUGCAUAGAGUCGUUUGCCAGUGCAUUGGCAGGUACACAACUCGCCUCGCAGGGCUUGACGCUUCUCUUUGAGAUGGUCGGCGAGUAUCUCAAACCGCCCUUCAAGGCAACUCUUUGGCCAGCAGUGAAAGCACUCAAGGCCUGGUCUGCCUCUGGAGUUGACGUGAUGGCAGUUGCAUUGCCUAAUCUGAUUCCUGGAUUGUCUAGUCCAGCUAGUUCUGGCGAAGCCCUUGACUCAAUUGUCGAGCUGGCAAACUCAAACAAAUCGGGCAGCAAGAACUCCGCCCUGGAAGAAGUUCUUUUGAAAUCGAUCAAGAACAAAGAAGUUUCACUCCAGACGAAGCUGCUCUCUGUUUCUGCUGUCGCCGCAUGUGCUAAAAGCAACUUGAUAAGCCAAGCCGGUUUGGAGUCAAUCACUCUUGAAGUAUUCGAGCUAGCGACGAAGGCGGACAGCAUGGAACUCUGCAAAGAAGCUUCACAUUGUAUGUCGUUCCUGGCUGAGAAAUCUCCGAAUUUCAUUCGCGAUAAUAUUCUCCCAAGGCUAACGGGAAACGCGUUGAAACAAGAGACAUUUGUUCUGCUCCUCUGCCAGUUUAUAAGCAACGACGGCUUCUUGCCCUUCGAGAUUUGUCACAAGCUUAUUGCGAUGAUCACGAAACACCAAUUCGACUCGACUUGGGAUGCUGCGAUCCUAGCCGCUUUGUCUGGAUUGGAAGGGACCGUUCCGAAACUCAACUCCACGCAAGUGAACAUUGCUGUAGCAAAAUGCUGGUUUGUCGAGGUGACUGAUGGACUCAUCCAAGCCGUCAUGUACUGCGGCCAAGAUAAGAACAAGAAGACUGUUUUGAUAUCAGAGAAAGCGAUGGAGCACAUCUGUGCAUUGACGCUUUAUUUGGCGAGGCAGCUAGACCAAGGGUCAUUAGAAGACAUCCGAGCUGAUAUUUGGACCAAGUUUACGACAAAUACGAUGAGCAAGGGCAACGGAAUGAGCAAAAUCUACUUCAAACCGUUUGAGCCUUCGUACGCUUACUCAAAGAACCAAAGUCUGAUUGUUCCUUUUCUUACUUCGUUUCUAUGUUCCGCGACGCCGACAACGCAUCCUGGAAAUUUCAAUGAUUACACGGCAUUCUGUUUGACCGUACUUCGAAAUGGAAACUCCUCUCCUGUCCAUAUAAAAGCUGCUGCAAAGAUUCUCGCCGCGGUUAUCAACAAACAUGAAGAUGUGGAUGAAAAGAUAUGGUCAGGAAUGAACGAUUUCAUGGCGAUACGUGGACUCACUGAAGAAAGUCUUAUUCUAGCGACCUGGGUCACAAAGGGAAUUCUUUUGAAAGGGGGCAAGACGCUAGAAGAAUGGCUUGACAGGUUGUUGCGUUUUACGACUGCAUCGAAGGAACUCAGUCGAGUGGCAGCUGAUUGCUGGUGGCUCUUGUUGGGAGAUACGCCGGAUCUUUCCGCCGAAGCUGCUUUCAACAUUAAACUUCUUCAUCCGCAGCGUCUGUUUUCGCUCACAUUGCCAAAGUUGAAAGUAGUCAUUGAAGACAAGACUAAAUCGAGUAGAGAAAUGAGCACGAUCAAAGAAAACAUGCUCCUAAUCCUUGGACAUCUUCUCUCGCUGAUUCCGUCAGAAGUCCAGUCUCGCGAGCUGCCCCCCUUGCUCCCAUUGCUACUUGAAUCACUUGCAAGUAGCGAUUCUUCCCUCGUGGACAGUUCGCUCUCAACUCUGAUGCAGUUGUUCAACGAAGGGUCGCCCGAAGUGGAGCAACUCUUGGGCAAGCACGUGGAGAAACUGGUCGCCGAGUUCUUGCGCCUCAUUUACAGUAAAAUCAAUCUCAGAACGCGCUGUAAAGCUCUGAAGUGUUUGCGGCGAGUGACGAGGAUACCGAUGAUCACGCCCGUGCUCGUUCGAAACCGAACAGACGUCCUUGCCAAGUUGAGGGGGCUCCUCGACGAUCACAAACGCGUGAUUAGGCAGCACGGAGCGCUCACGGUGAAUAUCUGGUCAAUGGUCGGACAGGAGAGCUGA